CCCCUCUGAAGAGAAGAGAACGUAUAGAGAUUCAAUUCAUUCAGCACAGCAUCUGAGGCACGAUGACAUCUCCAAGCUUUGCUCUGUUUUUCACAUGUGUGUUCAUGGCCACUAUGGCUCGUAUGACGACUUUAAAACGAUCUUCAUUAGCUUUUCAAUCAGUCGAUGUUGGAGCUAACAUGACUUUGCUGUGCUCCUGCCAAGACGAUAAAACGGUGAUGUUUCACUGGUAUAAGCAAGCUGUGGGACAGACACCAGUGCUGGUGUCUUCUUUCUACAAGCAUAAUAAUAAAGGCAACUUUCACGAUGAAUUUAAGAACAAUUACCGAUUCUCUGUGGACACUGAACACCAUAAAUGUUACCUCAGGAUUUCAGAUCUGAGAAUUUCAGACUCAGCUACUUACUACUGCGUAGGGACCAAUUUAUUUGACAAUGUAUUUGAAUUCUGUGAGGGCACAACCGUCAGUGUGAAGGGUUCAGGUCUGAACAUCCCAGCUUGGGUACAUCAGUCAGCAUCUGAGAUCGUCCAGCCAGGAGACUCUGUGACUCUGAACUGUACAGUACACACUGGGACCUGUGAUGGAGAACACAGUGUUUACUGGUUCAAACACUCUCAGGAAUCUCAUCCAGGACUCAUUUACACCCAUGGAGGCAGGAAUGAUCAGUGUGAGAGGAAAGACAACACACAAACACACACCUGUGUCUACAACUUGCCAAUGAAGAGCCUGAAUCUUUCUCAUGCUGGGACCUACUACUGUGCUGUUGCUUCAUGUGGACACAUACUGUUUGGAAACGGGACCAAUAGAGACUUGAAAGAUGAGGUGGACUCUUUCGUCUUGGUGUACUUCUUGAGUGCGGCUUUGGCAUUCACCAUCAUGCUGGUUGCUUUACUGGCUUUCUCAGUGUACAAGAUGAACAAAAUAAACUGCCAGUGUACAGAAACCUCUACUCCAGAUACAGUGCUACACCAAGACACAGAGAGCGUUCAUUACGCUGCUUUGAGGGCUCACAAGCCCAGAAGAUCAACAACACCGAGGAACAACACCGACAGUGAAUGUGUGUACUCCACUGUGAAGCCGUAGUCAAGUCAGAUUCAAUUCCCCCAUGAGCAAGCACUCGGUGACAGUUACAAGAAAGAACGACCUAAGAUAAUGACCUGAAUAUGUUUGUAUGGACGCAGAAUGAAUGAAACAGUCUUACAUACAUUCAUCAACUCAAAGCAGAUGUGUUACUGUCCAGUGUGCUGCAACCUCCCAUCAGCCUGGGGAAAACACAUGACCCACAGUGGCGGUUUGAAUGGUGUAGGCCAAUAAAGUAUGUGCAUACGUUGGAUUGGAUAACAGUCAGAUGAACUGUCAAUAAUGGUUAUUCCCUGAUCCGACAUUUUCAGUUUAUAAAAACAUUGCUACACCUGUCAAGAGGCCAUCUAUGUGUGUCGACAUAAUACUGCUGAUAUAACAUUAAACUAUCAGUUAUGAUACAGAAUGACCUUUUGAUGAGACAAAUUAGAAAAUGAUCGUAGUUGUUUAGAGGUAAAGUUAUAAUUAACUAUAUAUAUGUAUAUGGUAUUAUAUUGCAUAAUUAAUGUCGACUUAAGGUAAUUAAAAUAAUUGUAGUUAUGGCCUUCAUGGGCUUCUGUGUGUUUCUGUGCCUUGUUGUAACGACAGCUUGUUUUUCUUUUUUGAUGCUAAUUUGAAUUUUCCUGAAACAUGAACACUUAGCAUGAU